AAACUUAAACAAAAUAACCUGCCAUCUAGUUUCUGCACAGCUUUCUAAAGGCGAGGCGGAAAUAAGUGUACCCUCCGAGGAGGAAAAUCGGCGGACCAAAACAGACCCCCAAUUUGCCGCCCUGUCUAAAACCGCAGACCGAGCUGCCAAAAGGACGGGCAAAUUGGCGGCUUGGUGCUCUGUCUAAAAACGGCUAGUUACUGCUACAAUAAAACAUAUAUACAAUCAUAAAUACAAAUAGGUACCAACAAUCAAAAGAACUAGUAUAAUAGAAUGAAAUACAAAUACAAUAGUGAAUCAAAUUUUUAAAUUGCUCAAAUCCUUCAUCACACAAGUACAAUAACACUUAAGAGAGUAUAAUAAUUGUAAUACACUUUGUACCACAAGUAACACAAAAUGAAUACCAACCAACGUCUAGAUAUAUUUUCCACACUAACCAAUGACUUCCUGAAGUAUUGAUGGUGGCAACUUCUUCCAUCACUGUCAUUUCUAGGGAAUACAAAGUGACUUGGUCCCCUGGAAACCAGUUGUGUCUGAAUUCUCACAGUCAGAACUGAAGGCCAGUUAGCAGAACUGGGCACCUGAUGGCUGUGUCCUCUUACCAUCCAUUUGUUUAUUGGACGCUCGGGAAUCAACAAGUGACCCCUCGCAACACCGUCAAGCAAGAUAGGUGAGCCUGUCCCCGCCCCGCCCCCCGUCUUCCACGGACUGUGUGAGACUCUCAGCAUCAGCAGACGCACCUUGAGAAAACAGAGGGCGGCUCGCUCCCCACACAGCGUCAUGACAUCAUUGACUUGACUGCUCGAUCCGGAGGUUGUCGGUCAAAACCCGCCGGAGUGCCGCUGGGCAAGCUGAUAACCGAGGAGAGAAGGAAGACGACAUUACGUACAGGACGCAGCGGACAGACAGCCUCUGUUUUUAUUACCGCGGCUGAUAAAGAAAGAGGCAUCUUGGCUGUGCAUCACCGCAACAACAGACAGCCCGGCGGAGGGAAGCCCGCACCGCACCGCACCGCACCGCACCGCUUCAUUGUCUCUGUCUGUCUCUUUGACUGAGGAUUUUCUCUGAAGAUGUCUUAUCUGUCCGUGCUGCUGUUGCUGCCAGUCCUGUGUGGCAUCAUCAGCAUCUCCAUCGCUGCAUCCUCAGCAUCCCGAAAGUGUGAAGACAGCUUGGCCACUCCUCUCCCUUACAGCUCCUUCACCAGUUCAUCAGUGUUUGCCCGAGCAUACGGAGCUGGUUACGCUAAACUCAAUCGGAAACAAGGAGCUGGAGGUUGGUCACCCUUGGAGACAAACCGUAACCAGUGGUUACAGGUGGACCUGGGUUCGAGGAAGCAGGUGGUUGCCAUAGUGACUCAGGGUCGCUACAGUAGCUCUGAUUGGACCAGCAAGUAUCGGUUGCUUUACAGUGACACACAAAAAAACUGGAGGCCUUAUCUACAGGAUGGAAACAUCUGGACAUUUGAGGGGAACGUGAACAGUGAGGGUGUUGUUCGUCAUGAGCUGCAGCACGCCAUCCUGGCUCGAUACAUCCGCUUCAUCCCAGUGGAGUGGAGCAGGGAGGGACGCAUCGGAGUGCGUCUCGAUCUCUACGGCUGCUCAUAUUGGGCAGAUGUGAUCAGUUUUGACGGCCAUGGCGUCAUUUCCUAUCGCUUCAGGAGUAAGAAGGUGAAGAUUAUGAAGGAUGUCAUAUCUCUGAAGUUUAGGACCACGGCUCGAGACGGGGUCCUACUCCACGGAGAGGGACAGCAGGGAGACUACAUAUCGCUGGAGCUCCGCAGGGCAAGGCUACAGCUCAGCAUCAACUUAGGCAGUAACCAGUAUGGUUCAAUUCAGGGUCACACCUCUGUGACCAGCGGAAGCUUACUGGAUGAUGACCACUGGCACUCAGUUGUUAUAGAGCGUUACCGUAGGAAUGUCAACUUUACUUUGGACCACCACACUCAGCAGUUCAGGACCAACGGAGAGUUUGACCACUUAGACCUGGACUAUGAGAUCAGUUUUGGAGGGCUGCCUGUAUCAGUGAAGCCGAGCUCAGGGGGCAGAGAGAACUUUGUGGGCUGCAUGGAGGGAAUCACCUACAAUGGAGACAACAUCACUAACCUGGUCCGCAGGAAGAAAGUGGACACCUCCAGCUUUCGAAACCUGACAUUCUCGUGUGCUGAGUCCAGCUCAGUCUCCGUCUUCUUCAACUCCACGUCCUUCCUGCGGCUGCCAGGUCAGACUUACAGCGACACUCUAGCGGUCAGUCUGUCUUUCAGGACCUGGAACCCUAAUGGCCUGCUGAUGUAUACGCCGCUGGCUGACAGCUGGGUGGAGCUGGGACUGACGGAGGGCAAAGUAACCUUCCUCAUGAGACAUGACACGAAGAAGUUGCGUAUCGACAUCUCAUCAGGUUCAGGCCUUAAUGAUGGCCUGUGGCACAGUGUCCAUCUGACUGCAUUGGAGUACUAUGCUAUGUUGACAGUGGAUGGAGAUGAAGCAUCCACAGUCAGAACCACCAUCCCCAUCUACAUCCAGACUGGGGGAACCUACUACUUUGGAGGCUACUUCCUGAACACUAACACAGGGUCACCUCAGCGUUCCUUUCAGGGCUGCAUGCAGAUGAUCCACGUAGAUGACCAUCCAGCUGACCUCAGAGCAGUGGAGCAGGGCCUCAUUGGAAGCUUUGAGAAUGUCAGCCUGGACAUGUGUGCCAUUAUAGACAGGUGUGUGCCUAACCCUUGUGAGCACAGCGGUCGCUGCUCUCAGACCUGGGAUACAUUCAGCUGCAACUGUAAUGGCACUGGAUACACUGGAGCUACCUGCCAUACCCCAAUGUAUCAGCAGUCCUGUGAGGAGUAUAAGCACCAGGGGAAGAGCUCAGGGAGCUACUGGAUUGACCCUGAUGGCAGUGGACCUAUCGCCCCCUUCAGAGUCAGCUGUGACAUGACAGAGGAAAAGGUUUGGACCACACUGAAGAACAACCUGUCUCCUCAAACAUCAGUCACCAGUGCAGAGCAGGAGGGGAAGGCAGUGCUGCAGAUUACCUACAAUGUGACUGAUGAACAGGUGUUGUUGGUCACCAGCAGUGCAGAGUACUGUGAACAGUAUGUCGCCUACGCCUGCCGCAUGUCUCGUCUUCUCAACACUCCAGAUGGCUCGCCGUUCACCUGGUGGGUAGGAAGAGCCAAUGAGAGGCAUUCUUACUGGGGGGGCUCAGGACCAGGGAUACAGAAGUGUUCCUGUGGAAUCGAACACAACUGCACCGACCCCAAAUACUACUGCAACUGUGACGCUGACCUGCGUUCCUGGAGGGAGGACGCAGGCCUGUUGGUGUAUAAAGACCAUUUGCCAGUUAGUCAGGUUGUAGUCGGGGAUACAGGCAGAGCUGGAUCUGAGGCCAAACUGACAGUCGGACCACUCAGAUGCCAGGGGGACCGGAACUACUGGAAUGCAGCGUCCUUCAGCAGUCCGGCCUCAUACCUCCACUUCCCCUCCUUCAGAGAAGAAGCCAGCACCGACAUCUCCUUCUACUUCAAGACUUCCUCCACUCAUGGGGUCUUUCUGGAGAACCUGGGAACCACAGACUUCCUUCACAUUGAACUCAGAGGAGGCUCCGUGGUCUUCUUCUCUUUUGAUGUGGGCAGCGAGCGGGUGGAGCUCAGCGUUCGCUCACCGGUGCCUCUGAAUGAUGACCAAUGGCAUCGCGUGGAAGCUGAGAAGAACAUCAAGGAGGCAGUGCUGCAGCUUAAUGGGCAGUACAGGGAGGUCCGGCACAGCCCCCCACAGGGACACACAAAACUGGAGUACUACAGUGAUCUAUAUAUUGGAGCCUCGAGUGGUCAGAGGGGUUUCCUGGGCUGCAUGCGGGCUCUGAAGAUAAACGGUGUGACCAUUGACCUGGAGGAGAGGGCAAAGGUGACUGCAGGGGUGAAUCCAGGCUGCCAGGGCCAUUGCAACAGUUACGGGAUGCACUGCAGGAAUGGAGGGACAUGUGUGGAGCAGUACAAUGGAUACUCCUGUGACUGCUCCCUCACCGCGUACGAUGGACCCUUCUGCACAGAUGAUGUUGGCGGCUACUUUGAGACAGGAACCCUUGUGCGCUAUGACUUCCCACCAGACGCGGGAGCUAUUGCGUUGCGGGAGGAGAGUCUAUCAAAUGUUGGUGUUCCCAGUGAGGCCAAUCUUACUCAGGAGGAGCUGGUGUUCAGCUUCAGCACCUCCAGUGCUCCCAGCAUCCUGGUCUACAUCAGCUCCAGGACUCAGGACUACUUAGCUGUGGUGCUCAGGCACAACGGCACACUCCAGAUCCGCUACAGUCUUGGGGGGCUAACAGAACCUUACACCAUAGAUGUUGACCAUCGUAACAUGGCCAAUGGACAGCCACACUCUGUCAACAUAACUAGAAACUUAAGGGAGAUACGACUACAGCUGGACCACUACCCCGUGUCUACAUACACCCUACCUGAGGCCUCUGACACCCAGCUCAACCUGGUCAAAAGUAUCUUUCUUGGAAAGGUCUUUGAAACAGGACAGAUUGACCCCAUUCUGAUCGAGCGCUACAACACGCCAGGCUUCGUGGGCUGUUUGUCAAGAGUUCAGUUUAACAGCGUGGCGCCAUUGAAAGCUGCACUGCGCUCCAGCCUGGCUUCACCUGUCAGCACCCAUGGGAUCCUGGUGCCCUCCAACUGUGGAGCCUCCCCCUUGACCAUCUCCCCCAUGGCCUCAGCUAGUGACCCCUGGUACCUAGAAGCAGCUGGAGCAGUUUUCCCCUUCAAUGAGGACAAGACCAGCGAGGAUGGAGUGGAUCGCAACUCUGCCAUAAUUGGAGGCAUUAUCUCCAUGGUGAUCUUCACUGUCCUCUGCAUCAUGGUGUUUGUUAUCCGCCACAUGUUCCGUCAUAAAGGAUCUUACCACACCAACGAGGCCAAGGGAGCAGAGUCGGCAGACUGCGCUGACGCAGCAAUCAUUGUCAAUGACCCUGCCUUCACCGAAACCAUCGACGAGAGCAAGAAGGAGUGGUUCAUCUGAGCCUCUCUCAACAACACGGACUCAUGACGUUAGGAUGUAUUUAGUUUUCUAAGCAUAGGGAGUAGUUGUGCGGUCUGCUGGUGGUGAUGAUGACCUGUGGAACCUCGAGGAUGUAGAAUGUGAGCGGUUUAUUCAAAAAACUUUAUGGACAAUGGACAUGGCAUUACAGCGUGGGUAUUAAAGCACAGGGCACAGUGCUGCCUUGCAGAGCCGAGUGGACGUGUGGAGCAGUUUAUUUUCACCUUAUUUGCAAUAGACAGAGUGACAGGAUGACAACCUUCAGAAGGUGCAGAGGAUGGUGCUGUGAAGAUACAGGAGUGAGUGUGUUCAUCAGCUUUUAUUUUCCUAUGUCGUUAUAUCAUUCUCAAUUUGAUAUCAGUUUAACUUAUUUAUUUAUUCUUAUUUAAGUCAUAUAUUUUUUCAUUAAAGAUCUUACUUUGCAUUUAUUUUUAUAGAUUCAUAUCUGUUUGCCUUUGUGCAAUGUACUGGUAUAUCAUAAGAUUAUGUCAUUAAUGGUAAUGAUCAUUAAUCCAUUAAUCCCAAUAAUCCUCCACAGCUGUAACAAUGCUUACACAUACCAGUUUAUUUUAUAUUAAUCUCAUGUUUUGCCUUAUUUAUAUUAUUUAUUUUAACUUCAGCCCUUAAGACUGAAGGCAUUGUGUGUGUGCGUGCGUGUGUGUGUGCGCGUGUGCGUGUGUGUUCCUUUCACACUUGCUUGCUCGUCUGUGAAGAUGUAGCCAUGAGUUUGUCAGCAUCAUGUGGAUUAAGGUCUGGGGGUUAAAGAAACAUCACACUUAUUAUUUAUUUAUUUAUUUUUUGCAUCUACAUAUCUGACAGUGUCUCUUUAUGACCUUUGAAUAUUGAUUGUUGCAACUAUUACUGACUGCAUUAUUCUUUUGCCAAAAGACUUCAGGCUUUAGUUUGGUGUUUGAACAAUGAACUGAGUUCUGUCUGUCCACAAGAACUCGGCUCACUGUUUUUUUUUGGUUUUUUUUGGUUGUUUUGGUUUUAUUGAUGCUGCCUUUGUUAGCAAUGCCUGUACAUGAUAAUGAGACAACAUUUGUGUAAAAGAAAACAUUGCAACAUUUUUGAAAUCUUCUCAUGUGCCAUGUGACCCUGAGUCAGAUAAGAUUAAGUUUAGUGCAGUUGCAUCCAGCACAGGGACAGGUGGGAAAUGAGUUUAGCCUAGCUUAGCACAAAGAUUGGAAGCAGAGGAAAGCCUCCAGCCCAGCUCCUUCACAAGCAAACCGAUACACCCUCCAACAACUCCAAAGCCUUCUCAUGUAUUCACUGCAUGUCAUUAGCUCACUUUUUUUUUUUUUCCAAGAGAUAAGCUUUGUUAAUAGUAAAGAUAUCCCCCUUUUUUAGCAAAAUGAGCAAUGGGACAUUUGGUGUUUCAGUCAAUCAAGUGGAAGUUAAGGCCAGAUGGACUGGACAUACCACAAACAAGAAGAAGUUAGUAACUGGGAACACCUCAAGGAAAUACAACUUAAAAUAAGCAACAGCAAAAUAACUAUUUGUAAAAAAUAUUCUGUAAAUGAACUCCGAAAAUCUGUUAUCUUGAUUAUUAUUAUUAUUAUUGUUAUUUUACCUAAAGACACGCUGAAAAAGCAGAUGAGGAUUAGGACCACUGUAAAAACAACUGAGGGUUGACGUUUUUUUUUCAUUGUUGGUGAUUUUUUUCAGAUUUCUGAGAUUCUUUCCUCAGAAAUAAAAGCAAGAAUUCUGAGGGGAAAAAAAAAAUCAUAAUUCUGUUCUUUUAGUAGUAGAUUAGAACCACUGGAUUUCUUUUCUUUAUUCUAAGAAUUUCACUGUUGCCCUAAUCCUCUUCCAUGGGAAAAUAAUAUUAAUGAAAGUUAAUGACAUAAUAACAGUGAACGUGGUAUCGCUAAGAGGAUCUGGCCACUGAUCUGCAGCAGAGCCUCUUCAGUCCUCACAGGCUGUUCACAAAAAGGAAAUAAGAAAGGUCAUGUGGACAAAACUGCCUGGGGACAAAGUGAAGAUGGAGGCUAGGCUAGCAGUUUUCCUCUGCAUUCAGACUCGGCAAGUAACGAGCAAAACGCAUUUGUGUUUGGACGUGAGCUCAUCACCCUCUAUUUGCAGCAUGUUACGAAUUUCCAGAGAUCCUGAGAAAUUCAUUCUUAUUUCCAUGUAAGAUAGUAUUUUGGUUAGAGAGACUCGCCAUAGUUAAUGAUAUUGAUUUGAUAAGGCUUAGUGAAUCCGGGCUGAGCCUUAUCUGGCAGGUGAGGCCAGCUUCUUCCAAACGGGCGUGGCUGCAGCACGAUGGGCUGAAAGGACUCUUGAUUCAGGAUUUUCCUGAACUCGGUACUUUUGAACCUGAGCUGUCUUCGAUAUUCAUGAAGUAGAAUGAUGUUUCUGCAAAAGAAUGUUUGUUAACCACAUACAAAACUAUGGCUUACAUCCUGACAUUUGAUUGUAUUGCCUUUGUAUUCCUUUGACUGCACUGCAGUAUAAUGGCAUGCUGUUUGACACUGAAUGACACACAUUUCUGUUUGAUAAGCCACUGUAGCAUCACAUUGCUUUUUCUUCAUGUUAUAUGUAUAAAACGUUGCCGAAAUGUUCUUUUUAUAGCCAAUUUCUCUGAUUGCUUUGUGCUUUUCUCAUUGUCUUGAAAAAUGUGAUGCUUCCUCUUGGAAAGAACAGUAAAACCUGAGUACACAUCUUA